AUGUCCCCAAAAGCAAGCCUACAGUAUAAAAGCAAUUUUCUCUUUGAUAAGAAACCAAUCAUACCACCAAAUAAAACACUCAGUUGGUUUGAACAAUUUCUCCUUUGCUUUUCCAUUUAUAAGAAUGCAUCAAAACUUUUCAAAACUGACUUACCAAAAGGCAGCUUGUCAUCAGUGCACGGAAUACGUUUUAUUAGUAUGACGUGGGUCAUCCUUGGACAUACUUAUAUUUUUGGAAUGUCUGUUUGGAGUAAUUCAAAAGAUGCUUCUAAUCUAUUAUCACGAUUCACUUUCCAAGCAAUUGGAAAUGCUACAGUCUCUGUGGACACAUUCUUCAUGCUAAGUGGAUUGCUCGUUGUUUAUGGAGUUAUGCAUUUAAUGAAAGCAAAUAAUGGGAAAAUGAAUUGGUUGUAUUUCUAUGUACAUCGAUUUUGGAGGUUAACUCCACCUUAUAUGCUGGUGUUGAUGGUGUAUGUUCCACUGUUGCAAUAUUGGGGAGAUGGACCAUACUGGCCAAUCACUGGUGUUGAAAAAGAUUAUUGUGACAGCACUUGGUGGUACAAUCUUCUCUAUAUUAACAAUUUUAAUGACACAGAAUGCAUGGCCUGGUCCUGGUAUUUAGCUAAUGAUAUGCAGUUUUAUGUCAUCAGUCCUAUUAUUCUGUUCUUUCUUUACAAAAAACCCAAGAUUGGUUUGGGAAUUCUUUCAGCCUUAAUGCUUGCUCAACUAAUUACUUGUGGUGUGAUUAUGAAAGUGAAACACUACUCUGGACUCCUUACACCCGGAUUUUUCAAUGAAAUUUAUGUGAAACCUUACAUAAGAAUUGGUUCCUAUUUAGUUGGAAUGUUUUAUGGCUAUCUUUUGUACAAAACAAACUGCAAAAUGACAAUAAACAGAUACAUUGUUGCCAUGUUAUGGUUGUUUGCUACAAUCUGUGCUAUAGCUGUUCUUUAUGGUCUUUAUGAUACUUUCCAUGGAUCCUCUAUGUCAACAGACCUUUUUGCUUUUUAUACAACUAUACAUCGGAUUGUAUGGGCCUUAUCUGUUGGUUGGGUUGUCUAUGCCUGUGUAACUGGUUAUGGAGGUUUUGUCAACACUAUCCUCUCAUGGAAGCCACUUAUUCCUUUGAGUCGUCUCACAUACUGUGCCUAUUUGGUGCAUCCUGUUGUCAUGGACUCAUUUUAUUUAAACAGCAGAUAUCCUGUUUACCUGACAGAUUUUGAAGCAAUCUACUUAUUCUUUGGCCAUUUGGUGAUGUCAUAUCUUGUUGCUUUUGUGGUGUCAAUGGCGUUUGAAGCUCCAAUGAUUGCGCUAGAAUCUCUGUUCCGAAGCAAAAAAAAAUAA